CCUUGAAUGACAAAUGUCCCUGUCAGUGGUAGGUCUCGGGCUGGCCCAUUUGGAAGUUCCCAAGUGCAUAGAGGAGGCAGGAGACCUGUCUGUCCCAGUGGAUUGUAUUUGACCAUUUACUGAAGUGCAGGAUGGAGAAGUAGCCUUGUUCCUACAUUGCCAUGGGUGACCGCUGCAGUUGUAUAUGUUCCUAGCUGCUAAAGCCACCAGGAUUUAGUGAUGGAGGCUUUGCUGGAAGGAAUGCAAAGAAAUGGGCAGGGGAGUGGUGGGUUCUUGACUUCCUGUGAGGCUGAGCUGCAGGAGCUGAUGAAGCAGAUUGACAUUAUGGUGGCUCACAAGAAAUCUGAAUGGGAAGGACAAACACAGGCUUUGGAAGCUUGCCUGAGUGUUCGGGAGCAGGAACUUUCCUCUGCCAAGGCGGCUCUGCAGGAAAAAUAUAAGGAGGUUGAUAUGCUGCGCCACCAGGUAGAAGACAUGGAAAAGGCCAGACUGGACAUGACUAGAGAAUAUGAACAACAGCUGAAGAAAUUUCAGGAGGAGUUGUCUAGGCUGAGGAGGAGCUAUGAGAAGCUGCAGAAGAAACAGCUAAGAGAAGCUAGAGGAGAAGCUAGCAAGGGACAAGGGGAGGACCAUUUUGAAAUAAGCCGACUGACCAGGAAGCUGGAGGAGUUUCGUCAAAAAUCACUUGACUGGGAGAAGCAGCGCUUGCUUUACCAGCAGCAGGUGGCAUCACUGGAAGCACAGAGGAAGGCUUUGGCUGAUCAGUCUGAGCUCAUUCAGGCUCAGCUUGCCAAUCGGAAGCAGAUUCUGGAGUCAGUGGAGCUGGCCAGUCGAUCGGAAAUCCAGCAUUUAACCAGCAAGCUAGAGAGGGCAAAUGAUGCUAUCUGUGCCAAUGAGUUGGAGGUGGAGAGGCUGAACAUGAGGGUGGAUGACCUGACCAAAAACAAUAGGAUGAUUCUGGAAGAUCAGCAACGAGUUCAAGAAGAGUUAAGGCAAUCCAAGAAAAUGUUGGAGGUGCUACAGGAUGAGAAGAUGGAACUUAGAGCCACCUUGCAGUCUCAAGAAGAUUUCAUUGACAGCUCCAAGCUGCACCAGGAACAGUUACAGAGUGAGCUGGCCAGGGCGACAGAAACUCUUUGCACAAAAGAACUCCUUAUCAGGGCCUUGGAAGAACGCUUGCAAGAGAAACAAUUGUCUUCUCCGGGGCUAGAGCUGGAGCAUAUACUACUGCAGCUGGAUAUUGCCCAGGAGAAGGAACAGCACUUGCAGUCAGAGGUGACUCAUCUUGAGAACAGCCUGGUGUCUUCAAAUGCAAGGUGUGUACAGCUGAGCGAAGAACUGGAUGAGAAUAUCAAAGAGCUGCAGUCAAUGAAAGAACACCAUACUGAGUCAAAGGCAGAGAUUAAAAAGCUGAAAGAGAAGCUCUCUCAAGCUGAGCAGACUCACAGCAGUGAGCUAGAAGGGAUGAAAAGGGAAAUCUCCAGGUUGACACAGGAGUUACACCAGCGAGACAUCACAAUUGCAUCUGCAAGUGGCUCCACAUCAGACCUAGAACAGCGGCUGAGAACAGAGAUUGAAAAAGCAGAGAGGAAAGCAGUGGAACACAGGGUAAUUCUGGUCCAGCUGGAAACCUUGAGGCUGGAAAACCGUCAUCUCUCAGAGAUGCUGAAAAAAGCAGAGUGCGGUAUACCAGAAGAAAGAGAUGUCACCCUCAGAACGCUCACUGAAGACUAUGCUGCUGAAAUAAAGAAGUUAAAAUCUGAGAACCAGCAGUUGCGGAAGGAUCUUGCAGAGGCCAGAGCAAAACCUGAGCUCCCUCGGCAGGUAUGCCACGAUGAACCUGAGGGCGCUGCUCAGCAGAUGCAAGGGGGAGAGUCUGAGGCCAAGGAUGUGCAGCAUAGGACAACUCAGGAAGCACAGCACAAACAUGAUGAACAAGCAGAGAGAACACAUCGCCAACCUGGUGGAUCUGUUCAGCAUCAUCAAGGGGAGCUCCAGAGAUGUGGGACUGAUGAAAUAAGAACUGUGACCCCUGAGAUGGGUGAAGUUCACACCCAGACCAGCAGGAAGAACUCCAUGGAGUCACAUUCUUUGGGCAUCUUGCCAGGAAUGGUUUCUUUGUUCCACGUGCUGGAUGGGGACAAAGAUUUUGCAGAUAAAGCAUCUCAGCAGUCCAUCUCAAAUCAUCAGAGAGAAUCUGUGCCCCUGUAUCCCCUGCCUACAGCUUCAGUUGGAUCGAUAGCUGCAAGAUACCUGGAAGAGGAAGAACUGAGAUCCCAGCACAUCUUGGAGUGCCUAAAUGCUCACGUUGAGGAACUGAAAAAGGAGAGUGAAAAGAUAGUAAGACAAUUUGGACACCAGGAAUAAUGCUUCGUACUGAAUUUGAAUGCUGGUAUACUUACAUAGUUCCAAACUGUGACUGGGGAGAUUACCUAUAAACCAGGUGCCAUUGGAGCUAGAGUGAGAGGCCGCAUCUCUCACUUUGAGCUGAAUCAGCAGGAUGGAUAUUGAGGAAAGGAAACUCCUUUCUAACGUGUUUCAUCUCAUGGACGGUACUGCCCCACAAAUGUUUUAGAUAGCUUGCUGUAGGUCAGAAAGCUGCAUCAGUUGUGUUUGUGCACUCACAAAGAGAUAGUGGUGUUUUUUUAGAAGCAAACUAUUUGCUAAUUUUAAUGUAAGGUAUUUUAAGUAUAUUUUAUACAUGUUAAAAGCAUUGAAAUAAAACAAAAUUAAAACUCCACCUCUUUUCUUGUUCAUGC